CUUAAAAAAAAUCAGUCAAAAAAUUUAAUAAAAAUCAGUAAAAACUUAUUUAUAGUGUUUAUUUCUCUUAAAUAGUCAUGGCAUCAACUAGUUCUGCACACAAUCAACACCAAAUUUUUCAAGGCGAUAUAUUUUCAGGUGUAAUUAGUCAUGUUAUCGACCAUGAAAUCUUUUACGUCGUCAAAACUGAAUCAACAGUUGUUUUGGCUAAUAUACAAGAGUUUAUGAGUAAUAAUGAGCCUUCGAAAAUGUUUUGGUAUCCAUCCAUCAAUGAAAAGUUCUUAAUUUGUUUGGAUAACGAGUAUUUCCGAGCCAAGCGAGUUGCAUUAACUGAAGCUGACAAGAAGGAUAUAGAAUUCAUGCAGGCAUUUAUAAUUGAUACAGGGGAAACGUUUUUGAUUCCAACUAAUGGAGUUCCUACAAUGAAUGAUUUUUCGAUGGUUCCUGAAGAAUUUUUGAAUGUUCCUCCUUUGGCUAAGAAAUGUAAAUGGAUCGAAAACACUAAGGACGAUAAAUCCAAAUUGGAGUUCCUAAACAAUAACGUUCUUAAAAAAAUCUUAACUUUCGAAGCAAUUAAAGUUCGAGGAGAAACUGUAUUGGCCAAAAUUUAUCCGUACGAAGAGGCACAAGCUAAUGAUGAGGUAGCACAAAACUUUGAAGAGAAACUGCAGAUCGAAGGUCACAAAAAUAAAGUUGAAAUGCCCAUGUUUACUCCCGAGGAAGUUAAGGAAUUGUAUGAGGAACCACUCGGAACAUCUGAUGCCUUAAUUGCUGUUCAAGGAUACUCUACAAACGAAGAUGCUCAAUUUUGCAAGUUUUAUGAUCCAAAUACUGGAGGGUGCUUUAAGGGAUCUAUGUGUAAGCUUAAGCACUUGCCUCCAUCGACUGACAAUUAUGAAUGUCGUGAUCGUGAAGAAAUUUUUGUUGAAAGGAAGGACUUUGGCUUGAUUGUGCCACAACAACAUUAUGACAUCAAAAUUAUGUUCAUUAUUUCCACAAAUAAAUUUAUCUUUCGCUUUAUCGAUCCUGACUAUGAAACAAAACUUGAGGAUAUCCAGACAAAAAUCAACCAUCCAAGUGAAACUAGAAACUACAAGAAAAUUGCUUUCAUUCCUGAAGUUAGUCAACUUGUUUUAGUCAAAGACAAUGAUGAAUUUAAGCGUGCUAAGGUUAUCAAUGAUAUAGACGAUUCCUACAUUAUUUGGUGUCUUGAUGAAGGUUGUCUAAAAAGUGCCAAUAUGAAUGCAUUGUAUGAUUGGAACUUACGCUUAAAUGACCCUAAGUUCCUUACUGAUGAAAUGGAAAUUUCCAACAUUAUCCCGUUUAACGAUAAUGAUGUUAAGGCUAAGUUCCGUUUGUUGGAUUUUCAAAGAAUUAAAACUUUGAAGGCAUUGAUGAUCCAAACAGUACCGACCUUAAAAUGCCGACUUUUUGAUAAAGAAAGCAAUGACAUCGGUGAAAUAUUGAUUAAGGAAGGGUUCGCUUCAAACAACAAAUUCGAGUUGUACACAGACUUCAACUCUAAUGAAAUUUUGCCGAUUUAACGAUGAUAACUGCUUAACACAUUUGUUUUAGUAUUUAAUAAUAACUGAAGAAAAUAACAAUGAUCUUUUCAAUCACAUAUACAAUUGAAUUACAUCCAAACAUAAAACUUUUUUGAAUUAGAGACUAUUAAAUAUUAAAAGAACCAGAAUAAACACGAGCAAGUUAAUG